AUGUCACAGGUCAUCAAUGCUGAGCCAGAUAUGAACAAGAAGGUCAAAUUUGACAGAGGUGAGAUGGAGGAGAGGAUUGUAGAUAUCUACAUCAGUGCAGACACCAUGAGAGACGGUGAGACCAGCACUAAGAGAGAAGAGACAGCAGACACUGCUCCUAAUAAUGGACCAGGAGACCAGCAAUCAGAGCCUGAUAGCUCAGUGAAGAGACCCUUCCUAGUUGCUGCAGUGUUUCUGGGGCUGCUGUGUGUUCUACUGGCUGGGAUCAUAGGCCUGUCUGUCUACUGUGAGUUUGUCUCCAAGUUCAUUGCUUAUCACCUAGUUAGUUUCUCCCUUUUUAAAAUCAACGCAACUGAAGAGAGAGACCAGCUACAGACCAGAUACAACAACCUGGCUGAAGAGAGAGACCAGUUACAGACCAGUUACAACAACCUGACUGAAGAGAGAGACCAGCUACAGACCCUUUGCUCUUCAACAGAGCAGCAUUGUCAGGAGGGAUGGAGAUACUUUGACUCCAGUUUGUACUUCCUCUCUACUGAGAAGAAAACCUGGGAAGAGAGCAGACAGGACUGUAAGGGGAGAGGAGCAGACCUCGUGAUCAUAAACAGUAGAGAGGAACAGUAUUUUAUAAAUAUAUUAAGGGUGACAUUAUCUUUCUCUUUCUCAACAAUAGACAUUUCUCUUCAACCUCCACCUGAGAGCCUGGACGAGUCUGACUCUGUUACUGAGGAGACCUGGAAGUGGGUGGAUGGCACAACACUGACCACAGGGUACUGGGGGAAAGGACAGCCUAAUAAUGGUGGUCUGUUCCCGGGGCAGGAGGACUGUGUUGAGAUAUACUAUAGACAAGCUGAUCCUGUACAGACAUGGAAUGAUGACAAUUGUGGCACAAAUCAUAACUGGAUCUGUGAGAAAGAGGUGUAACAAUAACCUCUCUCUCUCUCUCUCUCUCUCUCUCUCUCUCUCUCUCUCUCUCUCUCUCAGUUAUUAUGUUGAUUAUGUUGAUUAUGAUUAUUAUGUUGGUUGGAUACAGUGCUGAAUGGUUAAGUGAUGAUUCCACCUAUUGGUUAAAGUGAGAGAUGAACAGACCAAAGAGAUUAAAUAGUUGUAUUACAGACUUGCCUACGGGCUCUUUUUUAAUGCACCCUUACUUGAUUCCUCCUCACAUCUUCUCUCCUCCCCUUUGUCUCAAAACACAUUGGACAAUAGAAUCCUAGGGGAGGGACCUUGGACCUUCUCCUCUAAUAGGGUUGAGAAGGAGGAGAAGAGAAAGGAGGAGAGGAAUCUAGGAAAGACGAAUUGAGUGUCAGAGAGCCUUAGUGUCAAAGAGAGACAGAGGAGGAAGAAGAAAAUUAAGAGAAUGAGACUAGAGAGAAAAAAUAAGACAAAUAAUUGUUGUGUUUAGAUU